AUCAUGGCGGCAUCGGCACGCUGGAAUCACGUGUGGGUCGGCUCGGAAACCGGGAUCUUGAAGGGUGUGAAUCUGGUCCGGAAGCAGGCGGUGAACUUCACGGAGGCGGCGGGCAGGCCCCGCCGCGAGGAGGAAGUGAGCGCGCUGUGUUGGGCCGACGCAGCCGAGAGCCAGAUUCUAAUCGGCUGUGCCAACAGGACUGUGAAAUCCUUCAGCACUGAGGAGGGCACGUUCUUGAAGAGCAGGUGCUGUCCAGGAGGAGAAGGGACUUUUCGGGGACUUGCAAAACAUGAUGGGUGCCUCAUCACUUGUGUGGAGUCAGGGAUUCUCCGUGUCUGGCCUGAGAACUCCUCUGAACAUAUCAAAGAGCUCAGUGUGGGCCCAAGUGUGUGCAAGAUGCGUCAGGAUCCUGAUCGACCCCACAUAGUGGCCACUGGUGGGAAGGAGAAUUCACUAAAGGUGUGGGACCUGCAGGCAUCAUCUCAGGACCCCAUAUUCAGAGCCAAGAAUGUCCGCAAUGACUGGUUGAAUCUCCGGGUUCCCAUCUGGGAUCAGGACAUCCAGUUCCUUCCAGGCUCACAGAAGAUCGUCACAUGCACUGGACAUCACCAGGUCCGAGUGUAUGACUUGGCCUCCCCACAGCGGAGACCUGUGCUGGAAACCACUUAUGGAGAAUAUCCCCUGAUGGCAAUGACCCUUACUCCAGGGGGCAACUCUGUGGUGGUGGGGAACACUCAUGGACAGUUAGCAGAAAUAGACAUUCGGCAAGGGCGCCUGGUGUGCUGCUUAAAGGGUCUGGCAGGCAGUGUUCGGGGGCUGCAGUGCCAUCCAACUCAACCCAUUCUCGCUUCCUGUGGCCUGGACCGAGUACUACGAGUACACAGACUUCGGGAACCUCGAGGACUGGAGCACAAGGUUUAUCUCAAGUCAAGGCUGAAUUGCCUCCUCUUGUCAGGCAGGGACAACUGGGAGGAUGAGCCCCGGGAGCCUGCCCCAGGCCCUCCUGAAGAAACAGAGACGGAUGAGUUGUGGGCUUCUCUGGAGCCUGUGGUGUCAACUGCUGGAGCCAAGAGAAAACAGGGGGCUCCGGGAGCCCAGCCUGGGGGGAAGAAGAAGCGCCUGCAGAGUUUGGGUGCCCCAGCACCCCUAGCUCCCCCUUGUAAAUAAAGAAGUCACUACCC